ACAGACAACACGUAUAAACAGCUCGGACAACCCAAGUCAGCUAUUCUGCUCGAUUUCCUCACGACAUCGAUAUGUGCCAAAUAUAUCUCAAUUGGCAGUGCUGAUCUUUUAAAUGGUCUACUUUCUGCGCCGAAAGCUGUGAGUUCAUCCGUGGCCACGGCCAGGAAAUACUGGUGUAAUUCUCUUUGAUCGAUGCUCUUUUUGGGGCGAGGACUACUUACUCGUCUUGUAUAUGGCAUGCUACAUAGCAUUUCGAGUUUCUAAAUUGCUGUCUUUUUACUCUCCAUGUUCUACUCUUCGCACAGCUGGCGGCUAGUGGUAGCCAUAGCAAGUCAACGCUAGUGCGCUUCAGGGCAAUCGUUCUAGCUACCAGACUUUCCAGUUCAGUCUCGCAACGUGCGAUCCUUGUCAGAAGUAUGAUAUGGGACAGAGUCUUGCCUUUAAAUAAUACAUAUACAAUGUAUUUAGCUCUCAAGACUUUCACGACGUUAUAUAUAUCUUGGUGGGUUGGUUGAGCCUCGACCUACCCCAGAUCUCUGGCAGGAUCUCAUACCUAGCCUCAACCAUACGUUGAGCAGCUUCAGGGCAGAUAACUCCAAGCAUGACGAAGUUUGCACUAGUUGUUCAACGCAAUCACCCGUCACUAGACAUUACUACAAUGGUAAGAUCGAAAUUGCCAUACCUGCCAACGGGUAAAUAUCCAUCUAUACCAGCCAUUUGUUUCAUGGCCGAGGCACGUCUGCUCCUCAGGCUUAUUUGCCGAAACCCUCUUGUCUACAUGUUUGAUGAAAAGUUCUACAAAGUCUCCGCUUGAAAUAGUGUGUGAGCGGCUUUCCAAUCCAUCACCUUAUGGUUUCUAGAAGUUUUGAGGAUUCUAGCUUCCAACCGAUCUCGCUAGUCACAUAUUUCCAACUUUGGUACACGAUUAUUUCUUAGACCCGGCACUGUACUUCAAUCUCUCGAAUAUUUCUCUGAUUCUAAUCUCGACUGACAAAUCAGCUAUAAUACCACAUUUUGUCUCUUUGUCUUCAGAUCUGCAGCUCCAUUAUCCUUUCAAAUAUCUCAAGCAUCCAAGUGUCUGCAAGGCAUCAAGACACAUCCCACACCGCAACACCAUCUCAAUUCAACCAGGCCUCUAUCUACCCACGGAGAGCCGAAAUGCCUUUCCUGAACCGGCUCGGUCUCCGCCGCCAAAAGUCCACCAAUGGCACCCCACCAGCAGACUCCUCCGACGGGAAAGUCGACCUCGAUACUUUCAAUCCAUUCGAGCCCGGCAUGAGAAUCACAGCAGACCUCAAACCAAUCUUAUCCUUCUCAAAUGGAUCCGCCUCCACGGUUGUCGACUCCCCUCGCUUGACGAGCGAUUUCCCCUCCAGAGCUCCACUUGCGUUGAAAACUGAUAGAAGACUCGAAGGUCAUCAUUCUCCCUCGAUAGAUCCAUCGGAAGAAAUGUCACGUCAGAAUCGGGUCUCGUUUAGCUCGGAGCCAGAACCUCGUCGUGCUGCUACUGCCAAUGCUCCUCAACAUCGGUACAGAGCCCAACAUGUCUCUCAGCUAGAUUUGAAUCGCGGCAAAGAAGAACUCAUUAAAGACGCUGAUGUCUCUCAACCAAUUCAAGCCUUUCAGACUGAACGAACUUCUCGCGGGGGAAGUUCCAAUGGCCGUCCAGAUUUCUUGCCCAAGGAUGACACCCCCGAAACAUCAAGGUUCUCGUUCGAGUAUGGAAGUCCCAAUAUCUCACAGCGCAGUCUGACUAUGAUAUCCCCCAUCUCAAGCACUGGAUCAGAAGCCUUGACAACCAAGGAGCCACAAUCCCAAGAGACUUCGAAACUAGCAAGCGAUCAAGAUGAAGACAGCGAUGCUCCCUCGUCCUCAAGCUCAAGAAAUCACACCAGCGACACCGCCCCCAUACCAUCCUUCCGCAGAGUCGCCGGCUAUAAAUUUGAGCUCCCUGAAGAGCGUUCCUUGCCAUCAACCACCCGUAAAGACAAGCUUCUUAGCAUCCCCUCACAACCAUCAUCUACCAUCGUGCGCCAUCCCGAUUCCCCAAUGACGAUUAAAAGGAACAAGAUCAAGCCGAUGAUGAACCACGUCCCAGAAUCCACAAUCAGGAGAAGCAUGCAAGUUGCAUACAUGCGGCGAACUAGCAGUCCUGCUGAUGCCCAAAUCAAACAAGAAGAUAUAAAGUUCAAACAAGAACGAAUGCUGAACGCUGCUAUCAACCGAUGGUCGUUCUGGGGCUCGCUAAACAGGGUCGGGACUGUCGGUCCAAGUCGCUUGAAUCUAGAUACCAGUAACGAAGGAUCUGAUGACGAGUCCGUAGAUUCUUACGACGACUAUCGGACAGCGGCUUUCCGAUCCAUUGAAAGAGCCGAUGAGGAGAUGCAAAUGAAAAUUCUAGAAAAUCAUGUCGCACGAAUCAUAGAAGCCGCCACAUUCAAGAUCAAAGAUAAGAAUGCGAGGAGAACUGUUCAGGUUGUUGAUGGACGAAUGAGGAGGGUACGUUCAAAGAGGGGUUUGAUCUGCGAUGCGACGGAGAAAGUUGGGGCUUCAGUUGAUUGCGCCGAACCUACGAGUGUAAAGCCCGUGAAGGGUGAGCUGGUUGUGGAGAUUACAAGAACUGUGGACGACGGGCGCAAGAUGAACAGGAGGAAGAUGCGAGAGAAAUUGCGAGCUUUUGUGGGCCGAUUAGUGUGGAGACAGUCAAGGAGAGCGUCUGGAAAGGACAAGGAUUGAAGACCCUGGAUUGAAUAUAGAUCACCGUCUUGUGGAUUUUGGUUUAACUUCUUAGAUAUCUUAAUGAGCGACGUAACUUUAGCAUACCAAUCUCAGAGUCUGAUUGACUUCUUUAUAAAAAGAUGCACUUGUGCUUACUUAUGGAACUGGAAUUUGCUAUUUAUGAAAGUUAUGGUCAUAUGCUCGAGUUGUGUAACGCGACUGAAUUAUCUGCGAUUACUUUAAGAACAGGUGGA